AAUAGAGCCCAGGACCCAGACCGGGUGACAGGAGACUAGGGGGGAGUUGUUUUGAAUGUUUAUUCAUUUUCACAUAUACGGCUAUUGUCUGUUUUCCAAUUAAUUAUAAAUUGUUCUGGCUUCUACCACUGAUUACAACUAUUUUGAUUUUCUGCGUCGGUGAGUUUUGUAUGUCGAUUUGAAUAAAGUAGAACGAAGCGCACUGGGUGUUGUGCUUGAUGAUUUCGGUAAUGGCAUCCCAUCGGACUUAGCAGGCUUUGAGGGUGUGCGGGGAAGUAUUUUAGGCGCAGCGUAGCACUGUAUUUUAUUCAUUUGCUGAUCCCAACUUGAGAAUCACAUCUCUUGUGUACCGAAAAUGGCUGACAACAACAUACCUGACAACACAUGCCGGUGCAAGCCCGACCCAUGCCCCCGCUGUGAAAAGAGGGCAUACGCGGCCGAGCAAGUCCUGGGAGCUGGAUUCAACUGGCAUAAAUCUUGCUUUAACUGCUACAAGUGUCACAAGAAACUCGACAGCACAACAGUCGCUGUCCACAAAGAUGAGAUUUACUGCAAGACAUGCCACGGUGCCAACUUCGGUCCCAAAGGCUACGGAUUCGGCGGCGGGGCAGGCGCACUCUCGCGCACUCAAUAGAGCCCAGGACCCCGACCGGGUGUAGGAGUGGGACUAGAGAUUGUUUUUUGUUCAAAUUAACGUAUAGAUCUCUGUUGAAUCUCCAAAGUACAACAAAAUAAUAUCACUGAUUUGAUUGUCAAGGAUUUAUAAAGUGCGAGAGACAAUAGUCCUUUAAAGUCUAAUUUUAUAAUCCUUGUGUUGUGAUUGCAAGUGGGUGGACUUAUUCUGUAUUAUUUCUAUGUAGUAUAUCUAAAAUUAGCGCCUAAAUUUGAUUGUAGAUCAUUAAAACCGUCAUUUCCCUA